AGCGGUGGACGCAGGAUUCGCAGGCUGCUCGUCAGCGUGCCGGAGCUCCGUAUGCCGACCACAGCGAGGCUCCGCGGGGCUAUGGCAGCUUCACCCAGCGUGCUGCUCACAGUCUGAACCGAACCGGCGACUUAUCAUCGCGUCUGAACGAGCCUCCAGGAGAACAGCGACCCACCCACCGCGGCCGGUGGCGUGAACGUUGCCGCCCGUGGAGGAGGACGCCAUGGACCCGAGAGACACAGCCCCGGAUUCCUGGGAGCAGGAGGAGGACGCCGAGGCCCCGGCUCCCGCGGCGGACCUGCCGGCCGCCUUCGCCGCCCUCAACGUGAACGCCAAGCCGUUCGUCCCCAACGUGAACGCCCCGGUGUUCGUGCCGAGCUUCCUGCAGGCCGGCGGCGCCGACGCGCCGGGCUCAGACGGUCCAGCGGAACCGGCGGCUAACAUGGAGGUCGCGGACACGGCCGCGCCGGUGGAGAACGGGAACACGGAGGCGGACAUGACGGCGGAGGAGGAGACGUGGGAGCAGAAGGAGGAGCCGGGGGGAGGCGAGGGAGGAGGAGGAGGUCAGCGGGACCUGGCGACGGACGGAGGAUGUGAAGAGGGCGGCGCGGCGGGGAAGGAAGACGAGGAGAUGAUGAUGGAGGAGGAAGAGGAGGAGAUACUGAUCCCUAAGGCGGCCCCGCCUCCGCCUGACGCUCCUAAGAAGGAACACGUGAACGUGGUCUUCAUCGGCCACGUGGAUGCUGGUAAAUCCACCAUCGGAGGACAGAUCAUGUACCUGACCGGAAUGGUGGACAAGAGAACGCUGGAGAAAUACGAGCGAGAGGCGAAGGAAAAGAACCGGGAGACCUGGUAUCUGUCGUGGGCUCUGGACACCAACCAGGAGGAGCGAGACAAGGGCAAGACGGUGGAGGUGGGCAGGGCUUACUUUGAGACGGAGAAGAAGCACUUCACCAUCCUGGACGCGCCCGGACACAAGAGCUUCGUCCCCAACAUGAUCGGCGGAGCGUCGCAGGCGGAUCUGGCCGUUCUGGUGAUUUCUGCACGUAAGGGAGAGUUUGAGACGGGCUUUGAGAAGGGCGGACAGACGCGGGAGCACGCCAUGCUGGCUAAGACCGCCGGCGUCAAACAUCUGAUCGUCCUGGUCAACAAGAUGGACGACCCCACCGUCAACUGGAGCCUGGACAGGUAUGAGGAGUGCAAAGAGAAGCUGGUGCCGUUCCUGAAGAAGGUGGGCUUCAACCCCAAGAAGGACAUCCAUUUCAUGCCUUGUUCUGGACUCACAGGUGCCAACCUCAAAGACCCCGUACCUGAGUGCCCCUGGUACACGGGUUUGCCAUUUAUUUCCCACCUGGACAGUUUGCCAAACUUCAACAGAUCGAGCGACGGACCGGUCCGACUCCCAAUCGUGGACAAGUACAAGGAUAUGGGGACGGUCAUCCUGGGGAAGCUGGAGUCUGGCUCCAUCAGUAAAGCUCAGCAGCUCGUCAUGAUGCCCAACAGGCACACGGUGGAGGUGCUGAGUCUGCUCAGCGACGACGUGGAGACGGACGACGCCGAGCCGGGGGAGAACCUGAAGCUGCGGCUGAAAGGAAUAGAGGAAGAGGAGAUCCUCCCCGGCUUCAUCCUCUGCAGCCCCGACAACCUCUGCCACUCUGGGCGCACCUUCGACGCGCAGAUUGUCAUCAUUGAGCACAAGUCGAUCAUCUGUCCCGGCUACAACGCCGUCCUUCACAUCCACACCUGCAUCGAGGAGGUCCAGAUCACGGCGCUGAUCUGCCUGGUGGACAAGAAGACGGGAGAGAAAAGCAAGACGCGGCCGCGCUUUGUGAAGCAGGACCAGGUGUGCAUCGCCAGGCUGCGGGCCGCCGGGGUCAUCUGCCUGGAGACCUUCAAAGACUUUCCUCAGAUGGGCCGCUUCACUCUGAGAGACGAAGGUAAAACCAUCGCCAUCGGCAAAGUGCUGAAGCUGGUUCCAGAAAAGGACUAAAUGCAGCGGCGGCAGAAUGCAUGGAGGUCUUUCACCCGGGGAGAAACGCUGCUCUCUCUCUCUUUUUCUCUCUCUCUCUUUCUAAACACAACUUCGCUGAAGACGAGAAGAACAGCAAAGGAAGGAAGGAAGGAAGGGAGGAGGAGUAAAGUCAUGUCACGUGAAGAAAAAGAAAACGAGACUGAAUCAGCUUUUUUAUGACGAACUAUACAGAACGAGAGCCCCAGUCCAGUGUGUCAGCUUUCUCAUAUUGAGAGCUCAGCUAUGCCACUAAUGUAGCUACCAGCCCCCCCCCCCCCCCACCCACCCCCACCCCCCCCCCCCCCAGGGCCCACGGUGCCGCCGGCUGGACCUCUUUUGCUUUUAGGAUGGAGGUGGAUGCAGAGUUGUUGUGUUUUAAGGAGAUUUCUAUGUCCUGCAGAUGCAUCAGCGUUAGCUCGUUAUCGUAGUCCGACUCCUCAGGAGGCGGUUAGGGAUGCUGCAGACACUUUGAUUUGAUUUUAGGGAACGGUGCGCCACAAUUUUAAUUUGGUUCUCUCUCUCCACGUGAGAUGGGUUAUCUGGACUGAGCUCACACACACAGUACCACUCUGAUGAUCCCAGGAUGGAAACAUGCUCACAUAAACAGGCACACAGCUGUUACAUUAAUGGAAACUGAAAAUAAAUGAUCAACCUGAAACUAAA